AUGGUAUUAUUUGCAGAUGCAGUAUAUGAAUGUCGUCAACAACUUGCGUAUCAUUUAUUUUUCUGGUCAGAUGAUCCUAUAAUUUCAGAAUGCCAUAAUUGUGAUAAUUGUAAAGAACGGGACAAUCCAGACAUUUGUGAUGUAUCAACAGAAGCAUUACGGCUUGUUAGAAUCAUGAAUGUACUAUUACAACAUGCAACAAUUCAAAAUAACAACAUAUAUUAUGUAACUCAUGAUGAUGUAGUGGAUGUGUUUUAUGGAAACAAAAAUAGCAAUGUAAUUAGAAAAAACCUUAUGCAAGUAUCAGAAUACCCCUUAAAUCACUUUCAAACAAGAUUACAUCCAAAAAAAAUGUGUCUUUAUUUGUUAGAUUCUUUAAUUGAUAAAAAAAUUAUUAAUCAAAUUAUUGACCUUCAAAGAGUCCGUCCUGAAUCAUCAGUAUUAACUCAUAGUUGUAAAAUU